GUGUUACGUGAAUGAAGACAAUACCUGCCUAGUGGGAAGCCGCUUAGGGGAGGGGACAAAUGCAGGCAGUGAGGCUGACGCCGGGUGGUGUUGACGGUCGCCUUGGUUUCGGGUGAACGUGCUGUCUGUCGCCCACGAGCGAUAUCUCGUUCGGCCCUUUCCUCCAACAUCUUCAUCCACUCUCAGCAGUGGGAGACGUCCGCUCAUUUGUCCUUCACUCUUUUCCCUUCCCGGUCCUAUCCUAAACAAAAACCCUUAUACAAUCCGUCUCAGAAGGCCCAGUGAGUUUUCUCCCCGCUUUUUGUCUUUCAAGACGCGUCUUGUUGCACUCCAUUCCUUUCCUUCCCUUGUGGCUGGUCCUUCUGUACUGCUGGCUUCGGUCAUCAACGUUCUCUCAUUCGUGCACGGUCCUUGACGGACCCACUUCUGCCAGGCUAACACACAUUUCGUCAGUCAGGAAUCCCCCUUCCACCCCUUCCGCAACGAGCAUUUUUCGAUAUCCACCAUGUUCGUGCUCAAACCCAGAAGGAUCGCUCUUACGCUCUUUUGCUCCCUCGCGGUCCUCCUUGCCCUCACCUCAGUUGCCGAGGCAAACUCCCUUAACGCUCCUCAGGCCAGAGAUCAUGUUGUGCUCAAUCGUAUGAUGAAGAAACGUGCCUUCCCCUUCCUUGUCGAUCCAGCCCCUGACCCUCCCAGUGAUGAUCCUACACCUACGAGUACAGGAAGUACCGUGUCUCCCACUGUCAGCAGUGUUUCGUCGACUGUAACAUCCUCUGUUGAGUCCUCAUCAGUGUCUGAAACCUCUUCGUCUGUUUCUGCAUCAUCUGUUUCAUCGGCGGCGGCCUCUAGCACGGCUUCAAGUGUCAGUAGCAGCGCGUCCAGCAGUAGCGUAUCCGAGUCUUCGUCUGUCGCUACCACCUCUUCGUCGGUUGAGACGACUUCUUCUGCAUCUCCCACUCCUACCCCUACCCCCACUGAGGCAGCUGUGACAUCCCCGCCUGCUGAAACCCCCGCCACGACAGAUUCUUUCCGUCCCGUUUCUCGAGUUACCUCGACUGUCACCGACGCAGCUCCCAGUGAAACCAGUGCUGCCGCUCAAGCUGCCGCCGCCGCCGCCUCGUCGUCCAAGGUUACAAAGACCACUUUGAUUGUCAUUGUCUCUAUUGCGGGUUCCAUCGGUGCUAUCGCGAUUGGCUGGACUAUCAUUCGUAAAGUGAAGUUCAAGCCCUCCGCCGGAUUCGAGGACCGCAUGCAACCUAUCGACUGGCAGCCUACCAACGGCCCCGAUGAUAGGGAUGAUGUCCCAGGCGUUCACCGUAACGCUUCUGCCCGUUCUCACGGUUCCUUCCAAUCCGCCGGUCACAGUGAAGAGAACUUUGCUGGCCGCGGUAUGGGACCAGGAUAUGGUGGCAACGGUUCUGAUCAUGGUCACGGUAGCUCUGCACUCCAACCAAUUCCUGACCACGACUUCACUGCUGGUCCCAGUAUGGCACCUGUUGGCGGAUAUGCUGACUUGGCUCGCGGUACCACCCCUGCUCCUCAGAUGGGUGAACUUACUCGUGGUCCUAGUGUCACUCGUGGCUACGACGCAUACGGUGUACCGCUCCACCACCAAGGCGCAUACGACUACAAUGCAUCUGCCGGUGUUCGGUACUGAUCUCUUUUUCCAAUAUUGAGGAAGUGCGUUGAGGUGGCGGGAGAAUGGCGCUUGGAUGGUCUGCGCUGGGAGUGGAUGUGAUUUCGAGCCGUCAUUUGCCCGAUACCAGCUGUAUGCGUAACGAAACAGGAACGAUUGAGACAGUAUUGAUCCAGAUACCACGCUUUUAUAUUCUUCUAUCCCGGCCUCACUUUCGUUGAUAUUCGAGCUGGACAGCGAUAGUGGACUGGUGUUCGUAAUACCUUUUUUCCUACUGACUGUCCACCUUUCUUGUGCUUAGUCUCUUCUUAAAUCAUCGACCUUUUUUCAAUAAUUACGAGUCGUCGUUCGUCAUUUAUUGGAAGCUUGUUCAUCCUUCCAAUCGCUGGUCGUUUCAUUUCCCUCCUGUUAUCCCCUGUAUGUGUUCUUGUCACUUAUAUGAGAGCUUUUGUUUUCGAUAUGUUUCUCGCAAGCGAGACUUUAUUAUGAUUGUUACACAUUUUUGUGUCUGCAUUCCGAUGACGUUCGGGUCCGAACUA